AUGCCCAAGAAGGUGCCGAAAGGCAAAACGCUCGUGUUCAUGAAGGUUCUCCGAGGAGCGGUCACGGCUGAUGGGAUCGCUCGCGAAGUCAUGGUUAUGGAGAUGGGCGGUAGUACGCCCUUCGAGCACCUGGAGCUCUUAGCGCACGAGAUUUUUUUGCCUAUCCUCUCAAAUGCGCAGAACCAGGCUAAGUGGGGGGAGGUGCCGACACGCGAAAUCAUGGACAGGUUUUACGGGUUUUUGUCUAGCACAACAAUACUAUGUGGCCAAAUAAAGGGGGAAACAAGACUCCCAAUGCCGCCGAUGGACAUUGGAGGAGCAUCUAGUGGAAAGAAUCGGAUAUCACUCCUGGAGGGUGCAAUCAUCACGUGGACAAAGCAGAUCAAGUCGGUGCUGAAGCAGGACCCCGAGAGCCAGCUUAAGCAAGGAAUGCACCCUACUCCCGAUGUUGAGAUCGAUUUUUGGAAAAACAAGGCCAGCAAUUUGAACUCCAUCUUCGAGCAGCUGCAAGGCCCGAGCAUUCGCCGUGUGUUACGAGCUCUGGACCAAUCGAAGAGCACCUAUUGCACUACCUUCGCCCGAUUGUGCAAAGAGGUAUUCACAGCGCGUUUGGAGGCAAACGACAACAUGAAGUACCUCCGGACGUUGGAAGACUGGUUUGACAAGCUUAAUGACGAUGGGGACUUUCCCAAACUGCUGGAGCUCUUCAAACCGAUGCUUCACAUCAUUCUGCUGAUAUGGAAAAACAGCAAGCACUACAACACUCCAGCCCGGCUAGUGGUCCUUAUGCGGGAAAUAUGCAACAGCCUUAUCAUCCAGGCGUGUAAGUAUAGCAGCGGACAACAGAUUUUCACGCUCAUUGAGCAGGAAGACGCAGCCAAGGCUGUGGACCAGCUCAAAACGACGCUUUUGGUGUGCGGCACAUUCAAGAGCACGUACUUUGACUACAAGGCCACAGCAAACGCUGAGUGCCCUGCAAACCCGUGGCGAAUACAGAACAACGCGCUGUUUAUGCGCCUUGACAGCUUCCUUGAACGCUGCCACGACAUCUUGGAUCUCACUCAAACCAUCGUUCAAUUCGGCAAGCUGGCCAAGAUAGAGGUCGGGGGAACAAAGGGAAACACAUUGACAGCAUCUGUAAAGCAGAUCCACCUGGACUUCGAGGUUGCCGUGGAAAAGUUUAAGGGUGUCCCCUAUGACAUUCUGGACGUCGCCGCAAAGCAGUUUGAUGACGACUUCUACGAGUUCAGAUGCAGCAUCAAGGAGCUAGAGCGCCGGCUCGGCGCGGUUGUCAGCUUGGCGUUCGACGACUGCGCAACUGUGUAUGGAAGGUUCAAGCUGCUCGAUAGCUUUGAGGGACUACUAGAGCGACCUAUCAUCCAGGAUGAGCUAGAGAAGAAGUACGUCGGCCUAGUACAGAGCUACGGUGCUGACUUAAAAAACGUGCAGGAGCUGUUCCUGCAAAACAGAGACGGCCCACCGAUAUCGUGGAACCUCCCGCCCAUUGCCGGAGCCCUAACAUGGUGCAGAGGAUUGGUUGACAGGAUUCAGAUUCCCAUGGCGAAACUUCAACAGCUUGACCGAACUAUCUUGGACAGGGAAGAGGCCAAAGAAGUAGCAAAGGUGUAUGCUACGAUAAUUGCGAGUCUUCAAGAGUACGAAAAUCAGAAGAUUGAGGAAUGGGGACGCGAUGUCGAAGCGUCCAGUCAGGCCAAGCUCAAACUACCACUCCUUAUCCGAGAUCUAGAUAAGAGCCUGUUGAACGUCAACUUCGAUCCGGCCUUGGUUAAGCUUCUCCGAGAAGUGAAGUACUUCUUGCUGCUGGGACUUACGGUGCCCGACAGUGCACUUGAGGUCUACAAGCAGGUGGAAAUUUUCAGGAGAUGGACGGGCAACCUCGAUCUCAUUGUCAACAUGAACAACGAUGUCCUGCUCCAACUUCUGCCCGUGGAGAAGCCCCUCGUACGGCCCUACCUUGACAAGUUUGACCGCGUAAUCAACGCCGGACUCAGCCAAAUGAACUGGAACAGUGUUGGAAUCAAUGAGUUCAUUGAAGAGUCCAUGGAACAGGUAACCGCUGUGCACGAGGUGAUGCACACGAUGAAGACAAAUUUGGCCAACAUCAAGAGGGUCCUUGGUGCGUGGGAUCGCCCACUAAUGGAACGCAAGCCGAAACCCGUUGAUCGAGAUGAAUUUGAGCGUGCGCACAAGGCCAUCAAGAGCUCUCGAUACGCCGAAAUCAAAGAAGGGGGGAAGGAGAUCCACAACAUGCUGAAGGAAAACAACAAGGUCCUCAAAUGCUCUAAUGCCUCCCCGGACUGGCGUGGAUACGUGGACUUCGUCAACAACGUGGUCGUUGAUGGCCUAUCGCGCGUGAUAUGCGCGUCUCUAGAGUAUCUGCUAGAUCAGGUGAGUCCGGACGUGAUGGCCAAGAAGGGCCUGCUUCCAGUGAUUGAGAUCAACUUGGAUCUCGUGGACAGUGAGGUUCGCUUCCAGCCCCAGAUCGGAUUCGCGUCGAAUGGCAAAGGCAUUCGAGAUCUCGUCCACAACUGGGUGGGGAGCUUCUUCAGCAUUGCUACGCUCUUCAAGCGCCUCGACAAUGAAGGGACAUACAUUCGCGAGAUGCAGAGUGACACCGAGGUCCAGAUGCUGGUCGCCAUUCUGAACGAUGCCCUGUCCGACAAUGAUGAAGCUUGCAUGAGGUUGAAGGCACAAUACGAUGCCUUUUCCUACCUAUGGUUGACCGACAUCCCGCAGGACGUAGGCUGGCUUCGGGUGAAAGUUACUCCAGUGAAGCAAGCGUUGGUCACAUGGUCGUCGAAGUGGGUCAACAUGUUUACAUCACAUCUCCAGAGUACCCUGGUGGAAAAAUUGGCAUCGCUGGAUACCUUCAUGAGAGAAAUUUCUACAGGGUUGGAUGCAGAGGUCCCGGAAGGUCCAGAAGGCAAGGACAACCUAAUGAAGGUCAUGAAGGACAUCAGCGAGGUCCGCAAGGCCAUGGAUACAACCCAGGAGAUGUUCGAGCCCUUGCAUCAAAUGAUCGUCAUGCUGAAACAGCACGGGGUCGAUGUAUCGGGGGUACAGGUGGCCGAGAAAGACGUACAGGAUUUCCUGGAAGAGGCUCCGAUGUCGUGGGACGCCUUGGUGAAGAAGACGUUCCGCAAGAAGGAAGAGAUCCUACCGAUGCAGAUGGCAGAGGUGGAUGCCUUGAAGGAAGAGCUGGAAGGCUUCUUCUUAGCCAUGCGAUCCUUCCGCAAUAAAUUCCGUGCGGAAGCCCCUUUUGCUUUCAAAGGACCUGUGGAGGACGCGUACAAGCAAAUGGAGGAACAUGCAGCCAGCCUGUUGGAGAAGGAGGUCCAAGUUCGAAAGUACAACGAACUGGAAGAUCUGUUCGAACUGCAAGUGUCUAAGUAUCCCGAGACUCAGGACACACGGAUGGAGCUCAGGCUUCUCAAGGGGCUGUGGGACUCUAAAGCCAUGGUGGAUAGCACAUACGUAGACUGGAGAACAGCUCUGUGGAGCCAGAUCAACACGGAAGAACUUGAUGACGAGAACAAAGUACUCCUUAAGCAGCUCCGAAAGCAGGGGAACGAUUUCCCGGUCGUGAAAGGAUGGGCGGUAUACCGCGAUAUCGAAGACUCCAUCAAGAACAUGGGUGUGGUCUUACCGCUGAUCAACGAUUUGCACAGCCCGGCCAUGCGGGUACGCCACUGGAAAAGCUUGGCGGCGGUGUGCGAAGUCAAGGCUGUAAACCCCAGCGAUCCAAAGUUCACAAUGGACGACAUGAUGCAGCUCAACCUCCAUGCCCACGUCGAAGACGUCUCCAUGAUCGUAGAAACGGCUCAGAAAGAACUCAAGAUCGAAAACAAGCUGGAGGUUAUCGAGGCUGCAUGGAGGGACAUGGAACUGCACUACGUGCCCCACAAAGAUACGGAGAUGUUCGUCGUCCGGCCCUCCGAGGAGCUCGUCGAGAGCCUGGAGGCUCACCAGAUGGAACUACAAUCCAUGGUGGGAAUGGGCAAGUUCGUUGACUUUUUCCGAGACCGAGUCAUGCAUUGGCAGAAAACACUGGGGAGCGUGGAAGAAGUGCUCAAGCUGUGGGCGAACGUUAGCCGGAACUGGGCAUCGCUAGAGAGCAUCUUCCUGGCGUCAGCGGACAUUCGUUCUCAGUUGCCGGACGAUACAAAGCGCUUUGAGGGCAUCGACAGCGAAUUCAAGGAGCUAAUGAAAGAAGCAAUCAACGUACCCAUGGCCGUCGAUGCUUGCGGGGUUGAUGGGCGUGCCGAGGGUCUGAAGUCCAUGAUGCAACGACUAGAAAUGUGCCAGAAGAGCCUCAACGAAUAUCUCGACAUGAAGAAGAAGAUUUUCCCGAGAUUCUACUUUGUGUCCAACGUCGCGCUGUUGGACAUGCUUGCCAACGGCACCAACCCGCCCAAGAUCAUGCCAUACCUCGGUGAUUGUUAUGAUUCGCUGGCAAAUCUUACCUUCAUUACUCUCGAGGACGGAACAACAUCUUCAAAGACUGUUAACGAGAUGGUUGCAAAAGACCGCGAACACGUCAAAACUUUCGAAGAUUUCACCAUGGAAGGCGAGGUCGAGGGGUACCUGAACCGCUUGAGUGAAAUGAUGGUCAUGACCCUCAAACUGCGCCUCAACGACGGAAUCGACACAGCUGUCAAUUGGGAGGUAGAGAAGCCCCGUCACAAGUGGCUUUUCGACUACCCGGCGCAAGUGGUGCUUACCGGCACGCAGAUCUACUGGACAGAAGAAACGGAGGCGGCGUUAGAAGAGUUCGAGGGUGGCCAAGAAGACGCCGUCAAGCGCUAUCUCGGUGUAUGCAAUGCUCGCCUGGCCUGCCUCAUCGACCUGGUUCUAGGCGAGCUCACGAGGGAGGAUCGUACCAAGAUUAUAUCGCUAAUCACUCUCGAUGUGCACGCCAGGGAUGUCGUGCAAAAGCUUAUCAACGACAAGACCGAAGGUCCUGCAGCAUUUUUAUGGCAACAACAGCUUCGCUUCUACUGGGCGCAGACAAACAUGGACGUGGAUAUCCGCAUUUGUGACUUCAGGUGCAAAUACUUUUACGAGUGGAUUGGCAAUACGGGCCGCUUGGUUAUCACGCCGCUGACUGACCGUUGCUACAUCACCUUAACAAUGGGGCUCCGUCUCUUCCUUGGCGGGGCUCCGGCUGGACCGGCGGGUACAGGCAAGACGGAAACGACGAAAGAUUUAGCGAGGGCACUGGCCUUGCCUUGCUACGUCUUCAACUGCUCGGACCAGAUGAACUACCAGACCAUGGCCGAUAUUUUCAGAGGCUUGGCACAGACCGGUGCCUGGGGUUGUUUCGACGAGUUUAAUCGCAUCCCUAUUGAGGUUCUUUCGGUGGUGGCCACGCAGGUGAAGACGGUGCAAGAUGCGAUUGUCAAGUACAGCGUACCGGCACACAGGGACCCCGAGUACCAACACCUCCCCGCCGGCACUCCGCCGGUCAAGGUCGGUGUGUUUGAUUUUAUGGGAGAUAUCAUCAGCCUGAUCCCCACGUGCGGCUUCUACAUCACGAUGAACCCCGGGUACGCAGGACGGACAGAGCUCCCGGAAAACUUGAAGGCUCUCUUCCGGUCUUGCGCCAUGAUUCGACCUGACCUGAAGCCCAUAUGCGAGAACAUGCUCAUGUCCGAAGGGUUCCAGAAAGCACGGACGCUUGCUAUCAAGUUUGUCACUCUGUACGAGCUGUCCUCCGAUCUCCUGUCAAAACAGUUCCACUAUGAUUGGGGCCUGCGCGCGGUGAAGUCGGUUCUGCGUAUGGCGGGUAUGCUUAAGCGUGGGGAGCCAAAUCUGGACGAGGCGGCCAUUUUGAUGCGCGCACUUCGAGACUUUAAUACGCCCAAGAUUCCGGCGCACGACACACCAAUUUUCCUACGGCUCAUUGCGGAUCUUUUCAUGGGGCUGGAGGUGGCGACGAAGAUGGAUGAGACCUUGAAGCAAAAGGUAGUGAGCGUCUCGACGGAGUGGGGGCUUCAAAUCGAUGACACGUUUGUGCUCAAGACGGUGCAGUUCCAGGAGUUGCUGGAUGUUCGCCACUCUGUGAUGCUUCUAGGACCAGCGGGUUGCGGCAAGAGCACCAUUUGGAAGACCCUUGCGCAGACACACAACAUGAAUAAACCCAAGAAGACGUGCGUGGUGGAGACAGUAAACCCCAAGGCCGUUACAGGGGAUGAGCUGUACGGGUACAUGACUCUCGCCAAGGACUGGAAAGAUGGCGUCCUGUCAAUUAUUAUGCGUGGAAUGUCGAAGAACUUCUCUGACCAGGGCUUCUACGAGUAUCAGACAUACAAGUGGGUGGUUCUCGACGGGGACAUUGAUGCCGUGUGGAUCGAGUCCAUGAACACGGUGAUGGACGACAACAAGGUUUUGACUUUGGUUUCCAACGAACGUGUACCACUCAGCGAUGCCAUGCGGAUGGUUUUCGAAAUCAAUUCGCUGAAAAACGCAACUCCGGCCACAGUUUCGAGGGCUGGUAUCCUCUUCAUUAACGAGACCGACAUUGGGUGGAAGCCUUUCGUGGAGUCGUGGGCAGCCACUCGCGAGGAUGCAAACGAGCGUCAGGUUCUGCCAUCCCUUUUCGAGAAAUACGUGGAGGCUACCAGGACGAUUGUCCGCAAGGGGUUCAAGGAGGUCACACCUCUGCGCGUCCUCAACAAGGUGUGCACCAUCGUCUACCUGCUGGAAGGAUUACUCGAGGAUGUGCCUCCUGAGAAGAAAACGAGCGAUCUCAUGGAGCAGUUCUUCGUGUUCGCCCUGAUGUGGGCGUUCGGUGGUCCAAUGGUCGUAGACAAGUCAGACGACUACCGCAGGAAGUUCUCAGAGGAAUUCCUUUCGACGUUUGCUGGCCAAAAAAUCCCGAAAGAAGGCACCUGUUUCGACUACUUUUACGACUGGCAGAGCGACGGCUUCAAAGACUGGUCCACCCAGGUGCCCGACUAUCAGCCUAUUCCCAUUGGCGUGGGGCCCGGUGAGACGCCGUUUAGUCAGCUGGCCGUGAGCACGAAUGACACUGUGAGAAUGUCGUACAUCAUGAACAAGCUCGUACGCAGGAGCAAGUUUUUGAUGCUCGUGGGUACGGCGGGGACCGGCAAGACAUCAAUCAUCAAGGAGUACCUGCGCAGUCUGGACAAGGAUGCCGAUGGCCUGCUGAGCGUCAACAUCAACAUGAAUUACUUCACCGACUCCGCAGCUCUCCAACAGGAGCUCGAGAUGAACAUUGACAAGCGCUCUGGCCGAAGGUUUGGCCCGCCGACGACGAAGCGCCUGAUUACAUUCCUGGACGACAUGAACCUGCCCUACGUCGAGACGUAUGGAACACAGAACGCUAUCGCGCUCCUCACGCAGAUCGUCGGAUACGGGACCUUCUUCGACCGAGUCGACCUCGGGUUCCGGAAGGAGAUCGUGGACGUACAGUUUCUGUCCGCCAUGAACCCUACGGCGGGUUCGUUCGAGAUUUGUGAGCGCCUGCAGCGCCACUUCGCCACUUUCGCCUGCCAAAUGCCAUCUGUAUCUGAUCUGAAGCUUGUCUACUCAUCGAUCCUGAGCGGACAUAUGCUCGGUUGGGGAGACUCUAUCAACACGAUGUGCGCCCGUGUGGUGGACGCCAGCAUCUUGAUACAUUCCAUGGUGUCUUCCAAGUUCCUGCCGUCGGCGGUCAAGUUCACCUACAACUGGAACAUGCGGGAACUCACCAACAUUUUCCAAGGAUUGUGUCAGGCGGAUCAGGAUUCCUACAGCGCGCCAAUAGAAAUUGCACGGCUAUGGGUACACGAGUGUGAGCGAGUGUUUCGCGACCGUAUCAUCAGUGCACCAGAAAUGGAAGUGCUGGAUGGCAUGAUGGGCGAGGUAGCCAAGAAACACCUGUCUGAGUUCCAGGCCGAGAUGUUCAAGCAGCCGGUGAUAUUCACAACCUUCUGCGGGAAGGGCACCAGUAGCGCGUACACCUGCGUCCCUGAUGCACCGACCUUGAAAAACACUCUGGAUGGCAAGCUGCAGGAGUACAAUGAGAGCAACCCUAUGAUGGACCUCGUUCUGUUCGACCAGGCUAUGGAACAUGUGACCAGGAUAUGCCGUAUCAUUCAAAGACCUAGCGGAAAUGCCAUGCUCAUCGGUGUGGGAGGAUCCGGAAAACAGUCUCUGUCGAGACUCGCGGCGUUUAUCUGCGGGUUUGAGGUCCGACAGCUUUCGGUGACAUCGAAGUUCAAGGUGGAUGACUUGAAGGAAGCUCUGCAAGAGAUGUUCAAGACGGCGGGAGUAAAGGGAACCCCAUUGCUGUUCCUCAUGACGGACGGGCAAAUCGUGAACGAGAGGUUCCUCAUUUACAUCAACGACAUCCUCGCCAACGGGUGGAUCAGUGAUUUGUUCCCGAAGGAUGAAAGAGAAGGACUGGUAGGAGCUCUACGAAACGAGGCCAAGGCAGCUGGGAUUCCGGACACACCGGAAGCUGGCUUGGAGUUCCUCAUCUCGAGGAUCAAGAGCAACCUCCACGUUGCGUUGUGCUUCUCACCUGUGGGAGACAUCUUCCGGAUCCGUGCCCGACGCUUCCCGGGGCUAAUCAAUUGUACCUCGGUAGACUUCUUCCACCCGUGGCCAAGACAGGCCUUGAUAAGCGUGGCAGCCCGCUUUUUGGAGGAUGUGGAGCUCGGAGAGUUGUCCGUCAAAGAGAGCCUCGCCGUUCAUAUGGCGGAGGAGCACUUGUCGGUCACGAAGGCGUCGACAGAGUACUACGAAACUCAGCGGAGGUACAACUACGUGACGCCCAAGUCAUACUUGGAGCUGAUCGGUUUUUACAAGUUCCUGCUAGAUCAGAAGCGGACGGAGGUGCAACGGCAAAUCGACCGUUUGGACGUCGGGCUCUCCACACUCCGUAAAACUGCUGCCGAUGUGGCUGAGCUACAAGUGGAUCUCACGCACACUAUGGUCAAGGUGGAAGAGAAAAAGGCUGCCACGGAGGUGCUACUAGAAGAAAUGGGCGUGCAGAGGGCCGGUGCUGAAAAACAGCAAGCUGCUGCUAGCAUCGAGGCCGACAAGGCAUCUGUCGCCAGUGCUGAAGCGGCUGCAAUCGAAAAGGAUGCCGAGAAAGAGCUAGCCCAGGCCGAACCGGCAAUGUUGGCAGCCGCAGAAGCGGUCAACUGUUUGUCCAAGGCCAUGCUCACGGAACUAAAGAGUCUCCCCAAGCCACCGGCAGGGGUAGAUAAGGUGACAAAGGCGGUGCUCAUCUUGGUGGAGAAAGAGUACAAGAACCACGCUUGGGACCGCGCUAAAAAGAUGAUGGCCAACGUGGACCAGUUCAAAAACAGCCUCGUGGCCUUCCGCGGCGAGGAUAUCACUGAAGACGAGAUCAAGAAGCUAGAGCCCAUUGUGGGGGACGAGACCUUUACUGUGGAUAACAUGAAGAGCAAGUCGGCCGCCGCCGCCAACUUGUGCUCGUGGGUCAUUUCCAUCUACACUUACAACCGUAUUUACGUGAAGGUGAAACCUCUGAUGGACAGCUUGGAAGGCGCCCGUAAAGCCAAGGCGGACGCAGAUGCUUCACUCAAGGUUUCCAACGAUCUUGUGGCCGCGGUAGAGGCCAAGCUUCAGCAGCUCCAGGAUAAGUUCAUGGAGGCAACAGAAGAGAAGGCGAAGGUGGAGGCAGAGGCAGCGGCUUGUCUGACUCGUCUCUCCCUGGCCGAGCGUCUUGUCGGUGGCCUGUCGAGCGAGAACGAACGGUGGGGCAACGAAAUCGAGAAGCUCAGGCACAGUGCCACCACCCUCGUCGGUGACUGUAUGCUUGCGAGUGGUUUCGUGUCAUACGUAGGAGCCUUCGAUCAGGCCAACCGGGACAUUCUCUGGAAGGCCGUGUGGACCCCUGAUAUUGAGGAACGCAAGAUCCCACUAACGCCAGGGGUUGAUCCCCUGGAUCUCCUUACUAACGACGGGAACAACGCCAAGAUGACCAGCGAGGGACUGCCAGCAGAUCGAAUAUCGCUAGAGAACGGUUCGGUCAUCACGAACUGCAAGCGGUGGCCUCUAAUCAUCGAUCCUCAGCAGCAGGGGAUCAAAUGGCUGCGUAAGCGAGAGGAAGACAACGGCCUCUCGGUGAUUCAGCUCUCCCAGAAGAAGUGGUUACGAGAUGUCGAGACUGCCAUCACGAACGGGCAGACGCUCAUUAUCGAGAACAUUGGCGAGGAAAUCGACCCGACCCUUGAUCCCGUGCUUGCUCGUGCUAUCUACAAAAAGGGGCGGUACGUCAGGACCAAGCUCACACCCUCCACUUGCUCACAUAAAUCCCUUUUCCUCAAGUUGGGUGGGGAGGAAGUCGAGUAUGACCCCGGCUUCCAGCUUUACCUGCAGACGAAACUAUCCAACCCUCACUACAAGCCGGAGAUCGCAGCACAGUGCACAUUGAUCAACUUCAUUGCUACCGAGAAAGGCCUCGAGGAUCAACUUUUGGCGAAGGUGGUGGGGGUUGAAAGGCCCGAGCUGGAGAAGCAGGCCCAGGAACUUCAAUCAGCUUUCAACCAGUACAAAAUUCAGUUGGUUCAGCUGGAAGACGAUCUACUGGAGAGACUGGCAAAUGCACCCGAUGACAUCCUGAGCGAUGUCCCGCUUAUCGAGGGACUGGAAGCAACUAAGGCUGCAGCCAAGGAGAUUGCAGCUGCGGUAGAGAAGGGCAAGCUGACCGAGAUUGAAAUCAACGUGGCUCGCGAGCUGUACCGCAAGCAAGCAACGGAAGGAGCCAUGCUUUACUUCCUCCUCACAAAGCUAUGCCUCAUCGACCAUAUGUACCAGUACUCGCUGGACUCUUUCGUGACCUUCUUCCUCAAGUCCAUUACCAAGGCCAAACCGUCGGACACGGUCGACGGACGAGUUCUUAAUUUGCGCGACGCCUUGCGCAUGACCAUCUUUACCUGGGUCAGCAGAGGAUUGUUUGAGCGCCACAAGCUGAUUUUCCUGUCACAGUUGGCCUUCAACCUGAUGAAGAGAGGAAUCCUAGGAGAGGAAAGCAUUAUCAACGAGAUUCAUUUCCAGUUCCUUCUUCGAGGACCACGAAAGCAGGUGGACGACAACCCUCUACCAUGGCUACCAGAACCAGCAUGGCAAGGGGUGUCAGCUUUGGGAGAGUUAGAAGAGUUCGCUAAGUUCAGCUCUGACCUUGUGGAAGCUGGUCCGCGUUUCCGGGAGUGGUUCAACCACAUCACGCCUGAAACGGAAAAGCUCCCGCUCGACUGGGCAAGCCUGGACCGCGUGCCGUUCCAGAAAAUGCUGGUGGUACGCUGUCUUCGGCCAGAUCGGAUGAACACGGCCUUGUCCAACUUCAUCCGGGGAUCUCUACCGGACGGGAACUCUUACGCAGACUGCGAUUCCACGCUCAACUCGUUCCAGAUCCUGGAAGAGUCAUUCCUGGACUCGACUACGACGACGCCAAUUUAUUUCAUCUUGUCGCCGGGUGCUAACGUGGUGGGAGAUCUUGACAAAUUGGCCGAUAAAUACGAGUUCGUGAAGAACGAGUCGUAUCACAACGUGUCCAUGGGACAAGGACAGGACGUUGUGGCGAUGUCUUGCCUUGAACUUGCCCACCGCAACGGGCACUGGGUGAUCCUCAACAACAUCCACCUCAUGCCGAGCUGGUUAAUCGAGCUCGAGAAGAAGUUGGACGAGUUUGCUCUGGAAGGGAGUCACGAAAAGUUCCGGCUGUACCUUUCCUCCGAUCCAUCCAACGCCAUUCCUAUCGGCGUGCUCAGCCGCUGCAUCAAGCUCACCAACGAGCCUCCGGCAGGGCUGAAGGCGAACCUCAAGCGAGCGUUCGCCAACUUCAGCCGAGAGUACAUCGAAGAGGCGGACAGCAAGACGAAAAGCAUUUUGUUCGGCCUGUGCCACUUCCACGCCAUAAUGAUGGAGCGCAAGCUGUACGGGCCCAUGGGCUUCAACAUGAUGUAUCCAUUCUCCAUCGGUGACCUGCGCGACUCCGCCGUGUGCCUCACCAACUACAUGGAGAACUCGGGCGGGGGAAAAAUCCCGUGGCAAGAUCUGAAGUACAUCUUCGGGGAAAUCAUGUACGGUGGUCACAUCGUCAACGAUUUUGAUCGACUACUGGCCAACGAAUACCUUGAUUGGUACAUGAAAGACGAGCUUCUGGAUGAGACAGAACUAUAUCCCUUCGCUGAAGACGAGAAGGGCGUCAGUUUUCUGUCUCCCCCCCCGACGUCGUAUGACAAGUACCUGGAGCAUAUAGACACUACCAUGGGCGCCGAUACGCCAAUCGCCUUCGGCCUUCACCCAAACGCCGAGAUCGACUUCCGUACCCAGCAAUCAGAUACCAUGUUCAAGACGUUGAUGGAGCUACAACCUCGUGAUGCAGCAUCGGGAGAGGGCAUCAUGUCUCCCGAACAAAUGGUGGGAGGCAUGUCGGAGACUAUCCUUGACAAGUUCGGGGAGAAGAAGUUCGACGUCGAGGACAUUGGGCGGUCACUCGAGGAAGCUGGCCCCUACCAGAAUGUCUUCAUUCAGGAAAUGGACGUGAUGAAUACCCUUCUGGCGGAGAUCGUUCGGUCGCUCAAGGAGCUGCAGUUAGGAUUUGCCGGGGAGCUCACAAUGUCCGAUGCGAUGGAAGGGCUCAUGGAUGCUCUUUACCUGGAUAAGGUCCCUGCGACUUGGGCCAAGCGAGCCUGGCCAAGUUUGCGACCUUUGGCAAGUUGGUUGGCGGAUUUCACUCUGAGGCUGGGGCAGCUGGAGGAGUGGCAAAACAACCCAAUGGAGAUUCCGAAGGUGACAUGGAUCUCGGGGUUGGUCAACCCGCAGUCGUUCCUGACUGCCAUUUGCCAGGUAACCGCCCAAAAGAAUCAAUGGGAACUGGACAAGCUGCAGACGCAAAGUGAGAUGCUCAAAAAGUUUGCGGUGGACGAGGUGGAUUCUCACAGCAAAGAGGGGGCAUACAUAAUCGGCCUCAGCAUGCAGGGGGCACGGUGGGACCCGAACUCGGUCAGCAUCGAGAAGAGCAAGCCAAAGGAGAUGUUCUGCUCGAUGCCGAUCAUGAGCGUCAAGGGUGUGGCGGCAGAUCGCGUGGACACCCAGGGGAUUUAUCUCUGCCCGUGUUACAAGACGGAGCAGCGAGGCCCCACUUAUGUGUUCUCUGCCCAGCUCAAGACCAAGUCGCCGGCGGGCCGAUGGGUUUUGGCUGGUGUUGCGCUUAUCAUGGAUGCGGCGUGA